AUGAAUGGAAAUGUAAUAAUAAAAGAAAAGUCAACUACUUCAAAUCCAAUUAGUAAUCAGCAUAGAAUUACAACACCUAUUCAACCAACAUUACGUACUCGUAGUAUAUAUCUUGUUUAUCCACCGCCGGUAAAAUAUGAACCAAAUCCACCACCUAGAAUUAAUCCUUAUUUUUAUUCGAAACAUGCUAAAAAUAUGCUAGCUGAAACAACUGAUGCUAGUAAUUAUAUUCAUGAAAGAGCUAAUCAUAUGUUAAGAAAUGAAUAUGAUAGAUAUCAUCAUUAUUAUUCUAAUUAUUUUUAUGGAAAUAUGAAAGAGAAAGAAGAUUAUCGGAAAUAUAUACGUGAAGGAUUAAAACAACAAAUGAUGGAUAAGAUUAAACGAAAAAAAGAAGAAUGGUUAAACAAAUCAGCAGAAGGUAAACAAAUAGAAAAUGAUUGUCAAAAAUACUUUCAUAAUAAGAUGAUAAGUGAACAACAGAAGCGUGCCUUUCUACUCACAUUCAGAGAUAUGAAUAAAAAGAUUAUGGAAGAGAAUGAAAGAAUUAGAAAACUCGAAAGAAGAAAUGAAAUUGAAGAAGACAGAGAGCAACUAAAAUUCAAUCCAAUUAACUGGAGGCAAACAUUAACAUAAACACUAGUGAAAAUUGAAUUACUGUAAUAUCAUAUACACAUAUUUAUCUACUUAUUCAUUUAAAAAUUUCUAUUAUCAAAGUUAGAAUUCUUCAUAUAAAUGAAAAUGAGAAUUUAUGAAAAGAUAUAACAAAGAAGCAUAAACAUGUAUAGUUAUGAAAAGAGAGGAUUCAGUCUAUUGCUAAUCACGAUGUUUUGAUAUUUAACAGUAUAAAAUGUAUACUACGAUAAAAUCUCACAUUAAUGUCAUGAAAUCCUAACCAAGUGUAAUCAAGCUUGACAAUGAAAUAAACCUUUUUGUGGUUGUGAACCAUCGUAAUUAGAAACUAUACGUAGAUAAGUCACAGAUAACAGAAUUGAAACAUGUACGAUGGACGAUCUUCGAAAGCCAAACAUCAUAAUUAGAUCAAAUUGUGUUUAAGAACAAAAUUGAAUAUUAUUUAGGUUCAAAAAUAUUAAGCACUCCAGUGAUAUAAAAAUAUACUACAUUUUAGUUAGCAUUUCAAAUACAAUACGUGAUGCUGAGAGAUGAACUAAAAUAAAUACAAUAAACGUAAUACGGAAAUGAAACGAGAGUUUAACAUUCCAAUGAUGCG